AUGACCCUUCUCGGGCUCCUGAAAUCUCAGGUGCCGGACCUCUCACGUCCCGUAGAGGGUGUCGACCUUGAAAUGGCGGCGAACUUCCUUGUUCGUUGCCAGAAUCGCGAUGGAGGUUUCGGCACCCGACCGGGCAGCGAAUCUCAUGCAGGUCAAGCUUACUGUGUAGUUGGCGCAAUGUCCCUACUCGGACAGUUGCGACAAUUGGAUACAGGAAAAGCGGCUUGGUGGUUAGCUGAGCGCCAGUUGCCCAGUGGUGGACUUAAUGGACGACCAGGGAAGCAACCCGAUGUUUGUUAUUCAUGGUGA